GCAGCCGUCGGAUCGCGGAGGCUUUCGCUUUGCUGCCGCGUCUGGGCGACGGGAGGAGCGGGCUGGGCGACUGGCACUCGGGACUUCAGGCUCUGGCCGCGCCGAGGGGCGCUCCUAGUGCAGCCUUCCCGGCUUGAGGCUUCUCCGCCGAGGCGCCCGUGCCCCCCGGGCUCCUUGCCUCGGCCCCCCGCGGCCCCGAUGCCGAGGUAUGGAUAGAGCGGCUUUGCGCGCCGCGGCGAUGGGUGAGAAGAAGGAGGGCGGCGGCGGGGGCGCCGCGGCGGCCGCAGACGGAGGUGCAGGGGCCGCGGCCAGCCGGGCGCUGCAGCAGUGCGGCCAGCUGCAGAAGCUCAUCGAUAUCUCCAUCGGCAGUCUGCGCGGGCUGCGCACCAAGUGUUCAGUGUCCAACGACCUCACGCAGCAGGAGAUCCGGACCCUGGAGGCGAAGCUGGUGCGGUACAUCUGCAAGCAGCGGCAGUGCAAGCUGAGCGUGACCCCCAGCGACAGGACUGCCGAGCUCAACAGCUACCCGCGCUUCACUGACUGGCUGUAUAUCUUCAACGUGAGGCCCGAGGUGGUGCAGGAGAUUCCCCAAGAGCUAACACUGGAGGCCUUGCUGGAGGUGGACGAGUCUAAGGCGAAGGAGAUGCUGCGGCGCUGGGGGGCCAGCCCUGAGGAGUGUAGCCGGCUACAGCAAGCUCUCACCUGCCUUCGGAAGGUGACCGGCCUGGGAGGGGAGCGCAAAGAGGACUCUGGUUGGAGUUCGGCAGACGCACAGCGGGAAAGCAGUUCAGGGCCUUCGGUGGACAUGCUCAACCCACUGGGCAGAGUGGGUGCCAGCACUCAGGGCCCGCGGUCCAUCUCCGUGUCAGCCCUGCCUGCCUCAGACUCUCCAGUUCCUGGCCUCAGUGAGGGCCUCUCGGACACCUGUAUUCCCCUGCACACCAGCGGCCGGCUGACCCCCCGGGCCCUGCACAGCUUCAUCACACCCCCUACCACACCCCAGCUACGACGGCACACCAAGCUGAAGCCGCCGAGGACACCCCCACCGCCGAGCCGCAAGGUCUUCCAGCUGCUACCCAACUUCCCCACACUCACGCGGAGCAAGUCGCAUGAAUCCCAGCUUGGAAACCGAAUCGAUGAAGUCUCCCCAAUGAGGUUUGAUCUCCCUCAUGGAUCCCCACAGCUGGUACGCAGGGAUAUCGGGCUCUCAGUGACACACAGGUUCUCCACAAAGUCGUGGUUGUCACAGGUCUGCAACGUGUGCCAGAAGAGCAUGAUGUUUGGAGUGAAGUGCAAACACUGCAGGUUGAAAUGUCACAACAGGUGCACGAAGGAAGCCCCCGCCUGCAGAAUAUCCUUCCUCCCACUAGCCCGGCUCCGGAGGACAGAGUCUGUCCCCUCGGACAUCAACAACCCAGUGGACAGAGCAUCAGAGCCCCAUUUUGGGACCCUGCCCAAGGCCCUGACAAAGAAGGAACAUCCUCCAGCCACGAACCUGGACUCCAGCAGCAACCCAUCUUCCACCACGUCCUCCACACCCUCAUCACCGGCACCCUUCCUGACCUCAUCUAACCCCUCCAGUGCCACCACGCCCCCCAACCCCUCUCCUGGCCAGCGGGACAGCAGGUUCAACUUCCCAGCUGCCUGCUUCAUUCAUCACAGACAGCAGUUUAUCUUCCCAGACAUUUCAGCUCAGGCAGCCCCGCCCUCCAGCACAGCUGACAGCACACGGCCCGACGACCAGCCCAAAGCAGACGUGCUGGGUGUCCAUGAAGCAGAGGCUGAGGAACCUGAGGCUGGCAAAUCCGAGGCAGAAGAUGAUGAGGACGAGGUAGACGACCUCCCCAGCUCCCGCCGGCACUGGCGGGGUCCCAUCUCUCGAAAAGCCAGCCAGACCAGCGUGUACCUGCAGGAGUGGGACAUCCCCUUUGAACAGGUGGAGCUAGGCGAGCCCAUUGGGCAGGGCCGCUGGGGCCGGGUGCACCGAGGCCGUUGGCAUGGCGAGGUGGCCAUUCGGCUGCUGGAGAUGGAUGGCCACAAUCAGGACCACCUGAAGCUGUUCAAGAAAGAGGUGAUGAACUACAGGCAGACCAGGCAUGAGAACGUGGUGCUCUUUAUGGGGGCCUGCAUGAACCCACCCCACCUGGCCAUUAUCACCAGUUUCUGCAAGGGGCGGACGUUGCACUCAUUCGUGAGGGACCCCAAGAUAUCUCUGGACAUCAACAAGACGAGGCAGAUCGCCCAGGAGAUCAUCAAGGGCAUGGGGUAUCUUCAUGCCAAGGGCAUCGUGCACAAAGACCUCAAGUCCAAGAAUGUCUUUUAUGAUAACGGCAAAGUGGUCAUCACAGACUUCGGGCUGUUUGGGAUCUCGGGCGUGGUCCGGGAGGAGCGGCGUGAGAACCAACUGAAGCUGUCCCAUGAUUGGCUGUGCUACCUGGCGCCUGAGAUUGUACGAGAAAUGAUACCCGGGAGGAAUGAGGACCAGCUGCCCUUCUCCAAAGCCGCCGAUGUCUAUGCAUUCGGGACCGUGUGGUAUGAACUACAGGCGAGAGAGUGGCCCUUUAAACACCAGCCUGCAGAAGCCUUGAUCUGGCAGAUCGGAAGUGGGGAAGGAGUGAGGCGCGUCCUGGCCUCCGUCAGCCUGGGGAAGGAAGUCGGCGAGAUCCUGUCUGCGUGCUGGGCUUUCGACCUGCAGGAAAGACCCAGCUUCAGCCUGCUGAUGGACAUGCUGGAAAAGCUGCCCAAGCUGAACCGGCGGCUCUCACAUCCAGGGCACUUUUGGAAGUCGGCUGAGUUGUAGGCCUGGCUGUCUUGCAUGCCCCAGGCUUCCUUCCUCCUAACCGCCAGCUCUGCUCCGUGACUUCUAAGACUCGAAACGCCAGCGGGCACUAACCCAGGGGAUGCCAUCUCUGCUGCUCCAGUCUCCUCCCUCCAGACUCCUUCCUUUGCUCUGUUUUUAACAACGGCCCCUCCCCUCCAUACGGCCUGUGGGUACCUGACUUGAGUCACUGCCAGGGGAGGAUGGCACUAACAGGGUGACCCCUCAAGGCGGAAGAACAGCCUCCGUGGAUGAGACGGUCUUUUCUCUCCUGCUCUGCUAAGAGUGGCUCUUGCUUGUGUUCCUCUGGUUCCUAGCCCCUACUAACACCUUCACGAGCCCCUGCUGAGCAUGCUCAGAGGAUGGGAAGGAGCUUGACAACCCUGGGAGGGACAUUGUCCUGCAAGGGGUGUAGUGGUUCAGAGCUGCCCAAAGCUCGCACUGAGGUCACGGGCCCUGUCUGGAGCCCUGUGUCUCUCUCAUGAAGACAGAGGACAGUAGACACGCACACACAUCGUGGUGCCGUGGACGGCAUCAGUUCAGAAGGGCUGAGUCCUUAGAAGCCACACUCAGAAAUGUCCUAAAUAGAGUGAUACCUGUCACUCAGUAAUGGAGGCAGAGCUGCUGUCACACCUGCUAGGGGUUCCAUGACCCUGACCAGAGAUCUCUGUUGGGCUCAGGAUUGAUUCUGCUCCCCGCAGUGGACCCCACUUGAACCAUUUCUAGAAAGAGUGUGUGACAUCAGUCCUGGUACAGGUCCUCAGGUCUCUCAUCAGCUCCACAUCCACACGGAGCAGCCAGUGAGGGAACACCCUCCGUCCCACAGUGGCUGCUGUUACGCUGGGUGCUGGCGAGUCAGGUGAACAGGCCAUGUCACUGUUCUCCAUGUAGGGACUGUGGCCGAUGCCCAGGACUUAGGGGUCAGGAGCAGCUCUGCCAAGGCCAUGGGCCGAGCAGUUGUCCUCACUCAGAUCCUCUGCCAAGCAUAGCCAGCGACAUCUUAACUCUGGUCAAAACCAGCGGAGCCAUAACCCAUGUCUCUGCUCCUCUCCGCAGCAUUAACAGCAGCAAAGUCAUGCCCCGCUUUGAAAGGUUUGGCCUGGGCGCCCUGGAGUCCAGUAAUCCAAAGAUGUAGCCGG